GUGCCACCUCUGCUCCUCAAGGAAAGGAGAUUUCUAAUUGUAUCAUUUGUACACAACUGCUUUUGAAAGCCUUGCUAAAGGACACCUAUCAUUGAAAACAGUUUGAUGAAAUGGCCUCUUAUUUUAACUCCUGUUCUGUAAAGGAAUUUGCUAAACAUAUAACUAAUGCUACGUCAGAAGAACGACAGAAAAUGCUAAAAGACUUUUAUGCUUCUCAGUAUCCAGAAGUAAAAGAAUUUUUUGUGGAUACAGCUUCAGAAUUGAUCACAUCUUCCCAGAAGGAAGAAGAGAGAGUCAAGAAGGAAUCUAAAGAAAGAGAACCUCUUACAAAAGAAAAGCUCUCAAAUUCUAAAGCUUUGUCAUUUCAUGAUUCUACCAGCAAAUUUUCCCAGACUUAUAUCCCAAAAAUAAAUAAAGGAAAAUCAGUUAGGUUUCAAGAUCACAAUUCCUGUAGAGAAAAAACAUUUUCUAACAAUACAGAAGUUAAAGAAUCACCCACUAACACUAUGCAAGAGAUUGACAGUGGAAAAAACAGCCACGCAUCCAGAGGCGCUGGAGCCUCUCACUUUCUGCACAGGAAGUCUGAGAGCCAGGAGAGCAUGUUAAAGAAUACUCUGAAAGAACAGCAGGACUUCACAGGAAUAGGCAUUGCAAGAAAUGGACCCCUUUUCAAAUUACAAAACAGAAAGAUAGAAAAUCCAGUAUUCGAAAGCACUUGUGUGAAAGGCUUACUUGGUGACACUUCUAUUCUUGAUGACCUCUUUAAAAAUCAAGGGAACAGUUCCAUAGGACUGCCAAAGAAAGUUCUUCCAGGGUCUGUGGAGAAAGCAACGAAGAGACCAAAAGAUUUCUGGGACAUCUUGAAUGAGCAGAAUGAUGACAGUCUCAAUAAACUCACUGACUUGGCAAUGAUAGAGACGCUGUGUGAAAAAGCACCCCUCACCGCAGCCUCUGGAAGGAAAGCAGUGCUAGAGCCAUCUCUCUGGAAACCAAAUGAGAAGUUCUUGUGGAAGCCAUUUAACCCAGGAGACAUGGAUGAAAAUGCCACCUUACAAAGGAGUGACACAGACAUAUAAAUGGAUGCAUACACCAGUGAACCACUACCCUCAGUAUAGACAGCACUGUAUUCCACGCUAAUUAUAUUACUGUGAACAUCACUGUCAACCUAUAUUUUAAAUUUUUGUUUUAGGGCUUUUUAGUCUAAAAUAUCAUGAAUUUGUUUUCUUUAAUAUCUGAUGUGAUCUCUUAAAAAUAUGGCUGUGUUUUAAUAUAAACCUUUGUUAUGAAAUAAAAAGCAUUCUAGAUU